AUGCCUAUCACUGAAUAUGUAGCCUCGUUGUCACAAAAUCCUUAUUUUGGUGCUGGGUUUGGUUUAUUUGGUAUUGGAGCUGCUGCCGCAGUUUUAAGAAAAGGGAUACAGGCAUCUGUGAUUUUAUUUCGAAGACAAUGCAUGAUAACUUUGGAAGUACCGUGCCGUGAUAAAUCCUAUCAAUGGUUAUUGCACUGGAUCACAAAAAAGGGAGCAAAACACACACAACACUUAAGUGUUGAAACAUCGUUUCUUCAAAAGGAUACUGGGCAAAUAAAAACAAAAUAUGAUUUUAUACCAAGUGUCGGACAACAUUUCUUCAGAUAUGGGGGAGCUUGGAUAAAAGUUGAUCGAACAAGAGAGCAGCAAACUAUAGAUUUACAUAUGGGUAUACCUUUUGAAACUGUUACAUUGACAGCAUUUGGACGUAAUAAACAAAUUUAUUACGAUAUUCUUGAGGAAGCCAGAACAAUGGCCUUGAAGCAACAUGAAGGUAUGACAGUUAUGUAUACAGCUAUGGGCUCUGAGUGGCGCGCUUUCGGACAUCCCCGGCGUAGACGGCCAUUAAAAAGUGUAAUUCUUCGUGCUGGUUUGGCAGAAAAAAUUGUAACUGACUGCUUAGACUUUAUUGGUAACCCACAAUGGUAUACGGAACGUGGAAUACCUUAUAGAAGAGGGUAUCUGCUUUAUGGUCCUCCGGGCUGUGGUAAAUCUUCAUUCAUCAUGGCAUUGGCUGGUGAAUUAGAAUAUAAUAUCUGUGUUUUAAACUUAUCAGAAAGAGGAUUGACAGAUGACAGGCUUAAUCAUCUUCUUAGUGUUGCACCACAGCAGUCGAUUAUACUACUUGAAGACAUAGAUGCUGCUUUUGUAUCACGGGAAGACGCUCCAAAACAGAAGGCUGCUUAUGAGGGACUUAACAGGGUCACAUUUAGUGGACUUCUUAACUGUCUAGAUGGUGUAGCAUCCACAGAAGCUCGAAUUGUAUUCAUGACUACCAAUUAUUUAGAAAGGCUAGACCCUGCUCUCAUAAGACCAGGCAGAGUGGACCUAAAAGAAUUCGUUGGAUACUGUAAUCAGGAGCAAGUAGAACUAAUGUUUUUGAGAUUUUAUAAAGAUGCAAUAGCUGCGAAAACAUUUGCCGCGAAUGUGGUUGCUAUGAAAAAAUCAGUUAGUCCUGCUCAAAUACAAGGAUAUUUUAUGUUCCAUAAGCAUUCUACACCUGAAGAAGUUUUAGCAGAUAUUGAUAAAAUUUGGACCCUUGGAUAA